AUGGAGAAAGGGCUCACGCUUAGUCGAAGUGGACCAGAUGCAAGCCAACCAUAUCGUGAGCUACUGGGAUCACUGAUGUACAUAAUGCUAAGUGUGCGACCUGAAAUUUGUUACCCUGACGGAUAUUUGAGGCGUUUUCAGCAACAACCCAACACUGAACAUUGGCAAGCCCUGAAACGAAUUGUUCGAUACUUGCAAGGUACGAUAAAAACGAAGCUGAAUUUCAAGCGAGACCCAACAAGCAAACCUUUGGUUGGAUACGUUGAUGCCGAUUGGGCGUCCGACACAGAAGAUCGGAAAUCAGUGAGUGGCUAUCUGUUUAAAGUAUUUGGAUCCUCGGUAAUCUGGUGCAGCAAGAAGCAGACCACUGUUGCAACUUCGUCUAGUGAAGCGGAGUACAUCGCGCUCAGUGCAGCAGUUGCCGAAUCUCUCUGGCUGAAAGGAAUACUUGAAGAUCUACAAGAAUCGAACAUACACAUCACUAUGUAUGAGGACAACCGAAGUUGUAUUUGUAUGGCAAAGAACCUGGAAACAAAACGUACGAAACAUAUUGAUAUCAAACAUCAUUUCGUGCGUGAUCAUGUGGCAUCUGGAGUGUUGAAAAUUGAACCCAUCAAAACGCAAAAUCAAUUGGCAGAUAAUUUCACGAAGGCUCUGGAUCAUAACCGAUUCAAGACCCUGCGAAUGAUGAUUGGAUUAUCUGAUUGA